UCUCUCAAACCCGCUGCCAUCUCAGUGGUGGAAAUGUUGGAGUUGGGGAGGGUCGACUUUGAGGUGACAUUGACGCUAUGUAGACGAAAGUGAGGAUCCUGCGCUCCAUGUUACGUCCCUGCUCGCUUCAACUGAGACGGCGGCAGCUCCUUUUCUCCGUCUUCUCUCCCCUCCUCUCUUUCAGCACCACUCCUUUAAGGACAGCACCUCGCUCUCAAAGACGCAUUUGCCCACUAUCCUCCCCCUUUUCGGAUCAUAUAUUCGCUCGCCGUCGCCGAAUGCAAAGUUUUCACCGCGGUUUGACUCAGUGCAAGUGAAAGGAAGUUACUUUUUCCAAAAUCGGGAUAUUCCCCCCGGAGAAAGAAUCUGCAAAGUAGCGGACUGUACUGGUCACUGGACUGUUGCUAAGGUCCUCGCUUCGCCUCUCCUCCAAAUCACUCGCUUUACCCCAGUUUUCGUUUUUUUUCCCUCUCGGCUGUUGUCUGGGAACUGGAAGUACGGGACGGAUAAACUGCUGUCUAUCUGGACCAGUGCUGAAACCCCCUCUUCUCCACUGGUCGGGACUGUCCGACGCACACCUCGACCAUGGCUACCAACGGGACCAAAGCCUCGGACGGACACGUCUUAACGGAAACGGUGAAUGACGCGCCCACCACCACGCCAAACGACAAACCCAAAACCUUGGUGGUGAAAGUGCAGAAGACGAAAAAGGAGAUACCCGAAAGAGAAACGUGGGGUGGGAAAUUUGACUUUCUCCUCUCUUGUGUCGGAUACGCAAUCGGACUCGGAAAUGUCUGGAGAUUUCCUUACUUAUGUGGAAAAAACGGUGGAGGGGCCUUCUUGAUUCCCUACUUUUUGACCCUCAUAUUUGCUGGUAUGCCUCUGUUCUUUCUGGAGACGGCUCUUGGUCAGUACACUUCUAUUGGAGGUCUUGGAGUGUGGAAGCUGGCUCCAAUGUUCAAAGGUGUUGGCCUGGCUGCUGCUGUUCUGUCCUUUUGGCUCAAUAUCUAUUACAUUGUUAUCAUUUCCUGGGCUAUUUACUAUUUGUACAACUCCUUCAGUGCUGAUUUGCCGUGGCAGACUUGUGGAAAUAGCUGGAACACAGAUCGCUGCUACACCAACUACAGCAUCAUAGACACCUCAAACCUCACCAGUGCCGUUGUAGAGUUCUGGGAACGAAACAUGCAUCAGCUAACUGAUGGCCUGGAGAAGCCUGGGGAGGUCAGGAUCCCACUGGCUAUCACACUCGCCAUAGCAUGGGUCCUUGUCUAUUUCUGUAUCUGGAAGGGAGUCAGCUGGACUGGCAAAGUGGUGUACUUCUCUGCCACGUACCCUUACUUCAUGUUGUUCAUCCUGUUUUGCCGUGGCAUCUCUCUGCCCGGUGCCUUGGAUGGAAUCCUCUUCUAUAUCACACCAGACUUUGACAAGCUUAAGGAGUCUGAGGUGUGGCUUGACGCUGCCACUCAGAUCUUCUUUUCCUACGGGCUAGGAUUAGGCUCUCUGAUUGCUCUCGGCAGCUACAAUCCCUUCACCAACAACGUAUACAGAGAUUCUGUCAUUGUCUGCUGCAUCAACUCCUUUACCAGUAUGUUCGCCGGCUUUGUCAUCUUCUCCAUCGUGGGAUUUAUGGCCAAUGUAACAAAGAGACCCAUCGCAGAUGUGGCAGCCUCAGGACCUGGCUUGGCUUUUUUGGCAUAUCCAGAGGCUGUCACCCAGCUCCCCGUCUCCCCUCUCUGGGCAGUGUUGUUUUUCUCCAUGCUCUUGAUGCUGGGAAUUGACAGUCAGUUCUGCACUGUGGAAGGCUUCAUCACUGCCCUGGUUGAUGAAUUCCCCCAUGUCCUUCGAAAGCGUAGAGAGAUCUUCAUUGCAGUCGUCUGCCUUGUUUCUUACAUCAUUGGCCUGUCCAACAUCACACAGGGUGGACUGUACGUGUUUAAGCUGUUUGAUUACUAUUCAGCCAGUGGGAUGUCCCUGCUCUUCUUGGUCUUCUUCGAAUGUAUCUCAAUCUCAUGGUUCUAUGGUGUGAACAAAUUCUAUGACAACAUUGAAGAAAUGAUUGGCUACAGACCUUGUCUCUGGUGGAAGGCCUGCUGGGUUGUCUUUACUCCACUCAUUGUGGCUGGAGUCUUCUUGUUUAGUGCAAUACAGAUGGUUCCUCUUACUAUGGGCGACUAUGUGUUCCCUGCCUGGGGUCAGGGGGUCGGCUGGUGCAUGGCCCUCUCCUCCAUGAUUCUCAUCCCUGGCUACAUGGGCUACAUGUUCCUCACACUCAAAGGCACAUACAAAGAGCGUCUGCGGAUGAUGAUCAAGCCUUUGGUACUGGUGAAGGCUCAGGAAAAUGGUCCAGACCAGCAGACAGAAAACCAGAAUCAGAACCCUGCUACUGAGGAAGCCUACAUCUAAAAAGGUCUGCUCUCUGUCUCAACAGCCAGACUGGCACUCCACAAUAGAAGAAACGUAAUCAAGGUUGGGAACAACCACUAGACUUUUAUGUCUGCUUUUAUUCACCUACCUCCUGGGGACACGUGAAACCAACCUGAUUACACAGUUAUUUUUAGGGGGUUUUCUGUAUGUUUAUUUGUAAAAUACAAAGUUAUAAAACUUAUGAUGACAAGCAAAUUAUCCAGCAAAGUUAUUGUGAUAUUAUGAAUUUCAUUAUGCAAAAAAGUUAGCCUUUUUAGAAAAGGAGAUGUGACUUAGUAAAAUACUGUAUAUUGAAUAUAUAUAAUUUAAAUUUGGGGCCCAUGUUGAUUCAGUAGUAAUGUGCUUUGAGUAAUCUACUAAACUCCAACUAUUGUACAAAAAGGUUAUCGGUAAAAUGCAUUUUGCAUGUCCAUGAAAUAAAUACAUCAAAAUAAAUGCUGUGUAGUAGAUGAAAACACAAUUUGAAAGUUAGCAAAGUGGAAAUGGAAUAUUGAGCAAUUUAAGGCAAGGACAAUGUGGGAAUGUGCAACAGGUAAGGCCAAAUUUGCUUUUAUUUUUAAAACAAAUUUAACUAGACUAUCAAUCCCCUGCAAAUCCUGCACUUCACCUGAAAUGUUUACUACCCGUGUCUGGGGCUACAACUGAAAAGCACAAGUACAGUAUGGAAUUUCUAAGUGUCCAAUUUAUUUUUGGCAUAAGUGAAAACUGUGACUACAGCAAAAAUAACAUAUAUAAUACAUAGCAAGAGACUGUUAUAAUUGUUUCUUUGUUUUCUAAAGAACAAUAACUUUGUAUGUUGUCCAAAUCUUUUUUGUAGAACAAGUUUUAGGUUAUUUUCUAUGUGUGUGAGUGAGAAGGACCAAAUUAAUGCUCUGAGAGUGCUGACCCACUGAGCAUUUAUGGAUUAAAUAAAGAGUCUAAUUAAAGUAAUUAUUCGAGAAUCCCCUUUUGACUCGGUAUAGAGCAGCAGGGUAGUGAAAAGAGCAGUCACCCACAAGCACAGUUUGAAUCUGUAAACUAGUACCUCUAAAAAUAAAGGCGUAGCCGUUACAGAACUCCUACAUGUGCACUGCAUGUAAAGUAUUUCUUUUGGAGAGUGAACAUUAGGAAAAUGGUGACCUUUCUUCAACUGACACUAAUUAAGUAGAAGGAAAAGUGUUACGCUGAAGUAAAACAAUACUAAUUCAGAGUUUAAACUGUGAGAGCUAAUAGGCUGCAGUGUAGAGUGCGAGAUGGAUUUCUAUCAUUACUACCAUUAUUCUGUCUGGAAUCGUUUACUUGUGUAUCUAUUUAGUAACCCACUUCUCAGGAACAAAGGUGGAAGUGACCAAAUUCUCUCAGAUACUACCACGAUACACUGAAACAAUGAAUGCUGUAUUAAACAACAACAAGUGUGAAAAUUGUCAUUUUUUUCCCAUAAAUUCAACAUGCUACCUGAAGCAGCAACAAAACAUAAGGUCGCAAACCAGAAUGAAGACUUCACACAUACACAUAUAGACAUACAUAUAUAUAUAUAUAUAUAUAUAUAUAUAUAUAUAUAUCUACUUGGGUACAUUCAAAAGCUGAUCCAAAUUCCUGCCUCUUUUCUGUGUGCUAUCUGCUCUGCUAGCAUAUUUUCUUUCACUGUGUAUAAGCUGUUAUGGCCUUCACAGAUUUUGGUAGAAGCCAUAAGUUGUUCCUAUUCUGUCUCAUAUUUCCAAUACAAGAAAUGGGCAGAGAAACUUUGGCACAGACACAGAACAAACUGGCUGAAGUACUGUUAACAGGACAUAGCCAGAUGCUUUAUAGGCCAACACCACCGAAACUACUCCUUUUCAUAGGGUGAAUAAAAACCUAUUAUAACAUAUCAAGUUGCUCGGCAAUAUGAGUAGAUCCUGACUUUGUGACAGACCGCAGAUAUCGCUGUAUUACUACGAAGAAGGAUCAAGAGAAUUUGCUUCUGUGGCAGCUAUGCGACAGGAAUCAGGUUGAACCAGUCCCAUCUUUUCUUUUAUUUAUGUUUUUUUUUUCAAAGAUGUGUGAAUUUAAAUGUGCAAUGACUAAAGGGUUCCGUGAAUUUUGUAUAAAGUUACCAUAUUGCAGUUUUCUCUCUUGAAUGAUGUUGUAAACUGGACUGUGUAAUACAUGUAUCUGUGAAUGUCCGUACAACCUGGAUUUUUUUUUCCUUUCGUCUAAAUGUUGAACAGAAAAAAAUGAUAUAAUUUGCUGUUUUCUGCAAUAAUACUGUCUCAGAAACUAAAGCACAUAUCUCUCAACUGUAAAAAAAGAAACUAUGAAGAUAACAACAGAAUAGAUUAAUAAUAAAGAAGAUGAUAAUAAUAAUAAUAACAAUAUUGUAAUAGAAAUGUCUAGUCAGAGAAUAUUGUUUUGUAUAUUUCUAGCUGUUUCAUGGGCCUAAUGUAAAAUAUUAUAUGUAAAAAAUAUAAUAAAUGUCUAGAUGGUGUUAUAUGAAAAAGCAUGAUUGCAAUAUAUGUUAUCUGCAAAAUAAAUAAAGUUCUAUAGAUUAUAA